UCCCGUCCACCCAACAGACGUCUGUUCCACUCGAGCGCGCUGUCGAUUUUUUUCUCCUCCACACAACGUCAGAGAAGUGAGUGUGCGGAAUAGCGAGUGCAGCGAGCGUUCCUUUCUUCGGUCUUUUCGGCGUGUGUCGCGUAGAAAAUCGCGCUUCGCAAGGCGGCUCCACGGCGUGUGUGCGUGUCCCCGGGUGUGUUAGCGGUGGUGAGUUGUGGGUUUCCCAAAAUGUCCGGCCCUGGUGGCGCUCCGUGGCGUGUUGUUUUUUGCGCUUCUUCCGCCGAGGGGUUAGGGUUUCGGCGGUGGGCAGGGUUAGGCAAGUUGGCGACGACGGUGCAGGCAUUCCCCCCGCACGGUCGCCUCCUUUGACCCGGUGUGGUGGUUUUUUCCAUACGUGUGUGUGUGUGUGUGUGUGUUGGUGGAUGCGUGCGUGCGUGCAUGUGUGUGUGUCCCUUUGUGUGUAGGGGGUAGCAUUUUCUGUAGAGCUGGAAUGUGAAAUUUUCGAUCAAAAGCGAACGAAAAUUGACGGUAAAAGAAGUGCCCCCGUUGGUCCUUUCGUUUCCCCUUUCCCUGCAAGGUUCUUCGCUUCGUCGUUAGGUGUGAAAAUGAGUUUCGUUUUCUUCUUUGCUCCUCCGGCGGCGUGUGAAGAGAUGGUAUAGUGGUGGUGGUGGUGGUACUGCUAGUGAUGGCGUUAGUGGUGUUGGUGCAGUUUCCAAAGUGCAGUUGUCGGACCACCGGAAGGGUCAAAUGCGAGUCGGGGCAGUUCAUUUUUGCGUCUCUCGUUCGUGUAUCGGCGAAAAGGGCAAUCACGGCAGCAUUUCAAGGGCUCUCCCGGUGGCGUGGUUGGCGAAAAGAAGAAGCGCAAUCAACGGUAUGUGGCCAGCAAGAGCAUAGCUGGGAACGGUUUUCCUUCCCGAGCCAGUUAAGCACACGCCAGCUGCUGAAAGUGGACACUCUUGUGAAUGGGGAAGCAGCGCGGCCGACCGUAUUAUUUCUUCCUUGCUUGGUUUUUUUCUUUCUAGUUUUUCGUUUGUCGAUUAUUCUCUCUUUCGCUCAUUGGCGGUUGCUGUCAGCGCCGUUCCAUUUUCGCCUUCCCAGCUGUCAGUGCGAGAAAAGGUUUGCACCACUCACACACACACACAUUCGCACACACUUAGGAGGUAGGCUGCUCUUCCCGUUUCAUCUGGCUGCCUGUUCGUUGGUCGAUAGCGUUAGAUAGAAAGAGAAAGAGUGCGCUUAUUAGUUUUCUGCUCGUAUGUGUGCGUGUUCAUUUCUCGUUCCGUUUGUCGUCCAUCUUUGAAUUACUCUCAUCAUCAGCAUCAUCAUCAUCAUCAUCAUCAUCGUCGUCGUCGUCGUCGUUGCGUUGUCGCUGUCUCGCCGCACACCUUACCGAAAGCGCUACCGCCUACCACCGAGUAGCAGUAGUACGUUGGCAGAAUCUUUUCAUCCUCCAGCGCGUAAACCGCAAAUCUGUCGAUCGGAAUAUCCUGCUAAUUUCUUCAGCGGUCUGUAAAGAAGCAGUGAGCCACCGUGAGUAAUCGUGUCAAGUGGUGGACAUUUAUUUUUGCUUCUCUCUAGUCCUUCUAGUCGCCUUUCGAGGGCAUGCUACAGGUUUGCGUCAUUUAAGUCCAUUUCCCUCUUCCUCGGCGUGGAUCCUGUUGCGGAGCUCGAAGCAUUCGCAUGCUGCCAUUAUUAAUUUCGAACGCUUUGCUGUCUGAUGCCCCCGCGUCGCCAUUGCAACCGAAGCGCCGGAAGUGAAAGCCGCCAUAUAGGAAAGGAAAAAAAACUGUUUUCCACAGGAUGAAAAGUGCAAAACCACACGUCACACCAGAUGAUGUUCGAACAUGUGAAAUAGGCCGGUUCCUCCUCUUCGCAUCGCGCGUCUAGUUUCCGUAGAGCAUUCACGCCGCGAUCGAGUACUUUUCACACGCUAACCUACUAUCGGACGGGAGAGAUACACGCCACGGUUGCUUGCCGGUCCGUAAUUGGCGAAUCUUCUUCCCCCUAACCUAUUUCAGAAGAGUCACCUUGCUCUCUCUUUCCCAGGCGCGGCACAGCACAUUGGUGUGACCGGGCGGUUUGUGUGGCGUUUUGCUGGUGUGUGAUCGAAUACGCCAAGUGCGCGACCCGGCCUACAGUCCGUCGUUUUGUUUGGUUGCUGUUUCUCCGUGAGCACCAGGAGGCUGGAUUGUGUUAAGUGAUAGCGUGUGAAAGAUACUGUGACCCUUCCCCAAAAACGACCAAAGCGUGUACCCGGUGUGUGCGUGAGUGAUUGUGUGCGGGAAAGCGAGAAGCAAUUGUGUGUGUGUGUGUGUUGUGCUGCAGAGGGCGAGAGGAGCAGGCACAGGUGGUGUGGAACGUUUCGUCGUCUCGCCGCAAUCGGCGGUCUAUGACCGCUGGAAAGAAAGCAGUAGAAGCAAAAGUAGGCAUCUUGCGGUAGAAGUGAACAGGAAAAGGCCUCAGGAUGAGUUGCCCGAUGCCGGAAAUUGGUUCCUGCAUCUCGCUGAUAUCGAAGGCCGAUAUCCGCUACGAGGGACUGUUGUUCACCGUUGAUCCGGAGCGGUGCACGAUCGCCCUUGCUCGAGUGAAGUCGUAUGGUACCGAGGAUCGGGAGACCCAGUUCCCGAUUGCGCCGCAGAACCAAUGCUACGACUAUAUCCUCUUCCGCGGGACGGACAUCAAGGAUAUUCGGGUGAUCAACAACAACCCGGUCCCGAACGAUCCGGCCAUCAUGCAGAUGCAUCUGCCGCCGCAGCAGCCGCCCCAGAUGCCGAUGCCGAACAAGCUCGGCCAGCCGAGCUACCAGUCGCCCCAGGGCUUCAUGAUGCCGCAGAUGGGAGGCCCACCGACCGGUGGCCCGCCCGGCGGUCCGAUGGGUGGCGGUCCCCCUGUCACCGGCGGUCCGAUGGGUGGUCCACCACCGCCCGGCCAUGCACCGCAGAUGGGUGGUGGCGGUGGCGCCGGCGGCCAACCGUACAACGCUUUCGGUGGAAUGAACAAUCUCGGAGGAAGUGGAUCGCGUUCGGGAACUCCGAGCAACAUGUUGUCGCGCAAGAGUCCGACGGUGGACAUUGCUGUGCAGACGAACCAGCAGCAGCAACAGCAACAGCAGCAACAGCAGCAGCAGCAGCAACAUGGACAGCCGCAACAGCAGCAGAUGAUGCAGCAGCAAAACAACCGCGACGGUGGCAAUAACAUGCAGCGCAACAAGAACAACCAGCAGCACCGGGGAAAUCAUCAGAACAACAAUAUGCGAGAGCGACGCGAUUCCGGCAAACAGCAGCAACAGCAGCAACAGCAUGGUGGCGACAAUCAGAUGAAGGAAAAUUACAAGCCAAGACAACAACAUCAGCAACACCAGGGACAACAGCAGGGCCAACAACAGGGUGGUGGUCAAAACCGUGGCGGCUGGAACAACAAUCGUAACCACCAAAACCAAAACAAUGGUGGUAACGCCAUCAUGCGCCGUCCUCGAGGAAACAUUGGCCAGCCGCAACAGCAGCAGCAGGGUGGAGCCGGCGGUGCCGGUGGAGGCCAACGUGCUAAGAAUUUGCUUAAGUUCGAAAACGAUUACGAUUUCGAACAGGCCAAUAGCAAGUUCGAAGAGCUACGAUCGCAGCUUUCUAAACUUAAGGUGGGCGAAGAGUUGAAACCAGAGCAGAUUACAACCGAAACGUUGGACAAGAAGGACGAUUCAGGCAACGAAACUGGUGCCGGUGAGCACGAACAGGAGGAGGAAGAUGUCAUUUGCUACGACAAAGCAAAGUCCUUCUUCGACAACAUUUCGUGCGAGGCGGUCGAGCGCGCGAAGGGAAAGCAGCAGCGUACGGAUUGGCGCCAGGAGCGCAAACUGAACACGGAAACAUUCGGCGUCGGGUCGACCAGACGCGGCGGAUACAACCGACGAGGUGGUUACUUCCACCGUGGCAUCAACUACCAUCGUGGAGGAAACAACUAUCGCGGUGGUAACAACUACCGGGGCCGCAGCGGAAACCGCAACAAUCAGUUGAACGGUGGCAACGGCAUGUCGCAUAACCGAUCGGGCGGACAGCAGCAGAACGCGUCCGGUAACAAUGCGAAUGCAGGUGGCCAGCAGCAGUCGAAUCAACUAACCUCGACUGCCCCGGCCAGCCAGGAUCAGCAGCAGCCAGCGGUCAUAGAAGUGGCGGCAGGUAAAUAAUGCCACGGAAACCGGAUCACCACGGAUAAACUGUUACUUUUAGAAAGCUGACUAGUUCCAUAAAAAACGAUUGAGCAGUAAGAGGAAAGAGAGGAUAAAGAGCUAUGUUGCGCGUAAACGCAGAUGGAAGAUUGAACAAGUAAAAGUAGUGAAGAACAAAAGCAGAAGGUGCACAAUAUCUAUAGCAAAAACAUGUUUCAUGUGCACAAUAUGUAUUAACGAACGCGUGCAGGAGAGGAACCAGCAAAAGACAACAUCAUCUUCCUCCCCCAUACCACAAUCUCCAAAUAUUGUGAGAACGUAUCUCUGAAGCCCAGAACGCGCUGGCAGCAAAUGUGACAAAAACAAACCAACAACAAACCCCCCCGUACUACCGUAACGGAUUGGUAAAGAACGAAAUUGUACAGUGCAAAACAUGUGAAACGAAGGGGGUUCUAUGGAUAAAUGUUGUGCACCGGUUUAAUAAUAAUGUACGUUCAACGAUGAUUUGCUUACUACUAAAACCAACAGCAGCUCAGUAGUGAAGCAUAGAGCAAAGACAGUAAAGAUCUUCACGGCGUUCAGAUGAAUGUGGCUGAAGUUAAGCCUCCCAUCGCUACGGAGUGACAAUGGCAGGCAGUAAAGUGGCGAACAUAUUGCGUCGAGAUAUGAAGAAAGUAAACCACCAACCCCCCAAAAGUAUGCGAAACAUGGAUCGUACACGAUCGAUCCUAUGAUGGUGGAAGAAGGUGAUGUGUGUGCAGCCGCUAAAGUUGGAUGAUGCGACUAUUGCAUAGGAUUAUUCACGAGCAAAAGCGAAUAGCAGCAGCAUACCUACCCGGUCGGCUUUAUAUACGAAUGCAGGAAUACUGGUUCAGUAUUCGGCGAUAGGGGCGAACCGAUUUCCCUGUCAAAUUGUGCAUUUUCAACGAUAAACAACAACAAAAGCAGCAUAAGUUGACCAUAUGGAGCAGAACGAUGAACCAAGGAACUAACCUGCUGAUCAAUAUUGCGAAACAACCAUCGUCUGGCAUAUCACGAACAGGAAGUUGCAACUAUGCACACCUCCCCCGUGGUGAUGCCUUUACAUUGUCGUACACUUUGUUUGGCUUCCUUGUGCUGGCAACAGAGGACGAACAACACGCGGUCACUGCUACGAAUUCUAUACCGAAUGCAACAUUGUCGGUACAGGCUCAUCGUCCGAUUAUUCUCGUGUGUUGCAUUGCCGAUACACUGUAAAGUGAAGUGCGGACGAAUGGGAUUCGUCCAUCUGCAGUCGUUCGUAUAGGGAAGUACCGGCUGGUGGUGGUGGCUGGUUGUGCUUUCCAGCUUCUGCCCAUCCGUGCAACGUGCAUCGUUCAUCGAUAAGUUAAAUUUAUUUGUAUUAGAAAUAGUGGAAAAAAAGCGGCACGCACGCGCGCUCCCCCGUUCAUCCGCAGGUGAAAUGCGAUUCUUCUACGUAAACGAGACAAAUCGCACAGGGCUCGGAGGUGCAGCGGUGUGUGGGUAUAGGUAGGAGCAGCGAAAAACUAAAUGCACUAGUGCACAGUGUCCAUAUGUUGCAUAUCUACAAAAUCGCUUGCACCAUGAAUGUAACUAAGCAUCAACUAAGCAGACGGUAGAGAGAGAGAAAGAACAGACCGACCCCAUGUCGUCUGUGUAGCGCAAAACGCUGAAAACAAACAAACAUAAGAUGAGUUAACAGAGCCCGCUUCCCUAACUGACGGAUAGGCCUCUCUUUUUUCAUUUUGCUAUCGAAUGCGACGCGCACCUGGUAAAGGAUGUGUGUAUAGCGAAAAUGAACGUGCUACUUGGCAGCAUUGGUGAGUGCGACGGAUACAUAAUGCCGUCCAUCCGUCCGGAGAAGAGAAGCGGUGUAAGAAGAAAAACAAACAAAACAAAAAAUAACAGAACUGUAGAGGUCAAACACUAUUCCCAGCUGGCUUUAUCUGGUUUCGUACAAAUCGGUUUUAAUGAUUUGGAAAUAGUCGUCGAUUCGAGGGUAUCAAAUCUCACUUUUGUUAAAUGAUGAACACCAACGCCCCGGAGGAGGAGCGUCAGAGUUGUUUCCUUCCUGGUGUGAAGUUUAGGAAGCUUCUAUGUACCACUUAUCACGUUUGCGCGCUACUGGCUGGGGGCUAACGGAUGACGGGGCAUUGAGAGCAGGGAUAUAGAAGAAGAAGAGUGCACUGCUCCAAGGGCUGCAUUAUCCAGCCGCUCCAGUACCACUCUACGUCAAGUAGGAGUAGGAGAUCAUUUUGGAAUUGGAAACUUCCUGAACAGUACUUUAAAAAAGGUUGAUUGCGGCGCCUAAUAUCCAUAAUUAAUUUGUUUUUUACCUUAAAUUUUCUAAGAUUUUCAUUUUUCAUUCUUUAUAAAUUGUAUUUAGUAUGCAUAGUUUUUUUUUGGUAUUAAUUUCGAGCAUAACCACUUAAGCGUGUGGUGCGUAAAAUCUGUAGUAAAACGAGGCUCACUGCUACUGCUAGUUUUCAGCUCACUGUCUGGGGGCAAAACGCUUUGCUAUUGUUCGCUCGCUGUCCCUCUCGAUAUCUGUUAAUUAGCUUGCACAGAAAUCAAACGAUUUAUGUGAGAUGAAUCAAUACAAUUUCAGUACCCCGAUUCCCUGUUCCCAAACACACACACACGUACCAGUGGGAUUACACUCAGGACGAUGGUCGAAAAGUAAUGUUUCGAAAGAUUAGACUUGAGCGUUAUAUACGAUCCUUCUUGUGCGUGUGUAGAGUAGGGACAUCGAGUAUAGUAUACAAACCAGAUGAUUGCAGUACUGCAAUCACAGAAUGUUAAAGCAAAAUGUAGAUCCGUAAUCUCGCGUAAAGAUUUUGAAUCGCAGGGACAUGCAUAUUGUUUUCUUUUAGAGGGAAGUUUGGUGAUCGAGGAAAUCCUCUAAACUCCCAAAAAGGAAUAAUAUGAAGCCAGUGAGAUGCAACAAGUGUGCGCUCACACAGACGUAAAGCAGUAGUAAGCAGUAGCAGCAAGUGUGACUUGAUUAAAUCAUUUGCUUGUUAUUAAAACGUUACUUUUGAACGACACAUGUUCGUGCGCCUGUGCAAAACCCUUAGGGUAGAAGGUACAAUAGUAGGGCUUUCUAAUCGAGAGGCGAGUUUAUUUCCGCCCGCGUCGAAAUGAAUGAACACCAGAUAACCAGUCAAAAGCGCAGCAUAACAAUAGCCGGCAAAACAGUGUGUAAAGGCCAACAGAAGCAAGAUCGCUAGGAAUGGAUUUAAUUAUGAAGGAAACAAAAUAAUAUCAGCUAAGUUUUUGGAUUAAUUAUAUUUAAAACAAAAGUCGUCAAAAUCGAAACCGGAAGAGUCGAGAAGGAAAUAUAAAGCAAGAAAAAAUAUGAAAAAUGCAUAAACAAA